GGAAGAUGAGAGGACGGCGGGACGCAGCGUGGUGACGUCAUUUCCGUGCCGUGACCCCUCUCGUCCUUCCACACUGCGGCGGGUGAAGAUGGUGCUAGAGAUGGAGAAGGUUCUGGCCGGAGAGCCCGAGGAGGAUCCGCUGACAACGGUCAGAGAACAUUGUGAGAAGUUGGAGGAAUGUGUCAAAGCGCAAGAACAUCUGCAGCUGUGCGAGACGCGCGUCACCUCCCGAUCACACACCGAGGAG